GAGAAAAAAACUAUAACUAAUAACAUUGUUUAUCACAUACAAAAAUUAUGAAUGAAUACCAUAUAAGGUUUAAAUAGUCUAAAUAAUUUAUUACCUUUUAUCAAUUAAACAAUAUAAAGAAAUAUAUUUUUGCUUAUUGUGCCAGCAAAGAUGUAGAAAUAAUGUGUCAAUAUGCAAUACUAUUUAUUGACUUAUUUAGUUAUUUUACAUGAAUGCAUUGUAUUUUAUUAUAAACUUCCAUGUAAUCCAUGUUUAUCUUUUGAAUGCCACAUAUAUAAAUAUAAAAAUCAAAUAUUACAAAAAAUAACAAGAAAACAAAAAAAUAAUCUAGAAAUAAUGUAUACAUAUAUGGUACCAUAUAUUGACUUAUUUAGUUAUUUUAUAUGAAUGCAUUGUAUUUUAUCAUAAACAUUCCUUAUAAUUUCAUGUAAAUCUUUGAAUUCCAUAUAUAUAUAUAAACAUAUAUAUAUAUAUUCAGCAAAUACCAUAUAUAUAAAUAUAUAAAAUAAUAAGAAAAAAAAAUCUAUACAAAUAUGUUUUCCUUCACAUUUUCCCUCACUUGAGCAUUUUCUGUACGUUUCUUGGCCUCCAUAUAUUCAGUCUCGUGUGGAGUCUCUCUUUUGUUUUGUUUUGCGCAUAUUCCCAACCAUGGCUGCUGAGAGGUUAAGGGACUUGAGUAAGCCUAUGGACGUCGCUUUACUCGAUGCCACCGUUGAUUUCUUUUAUGCUACAGGAUCUAAGGAAGAAAGAGCUGCUGCGGAUAAUAUCUUACGGGAUUUGAAAGCUAAUCCGGAUACUUGGCUUCAAGUGGCUCACAUCCUGCAGAACACCAGGAGUACGCAUACCAAGUAUUUUGCCCUUCAGGUGCUAGAAGGUGUUAUCAAAUAUAGGUGGAAGGCAUUACCAGUUGUACAACGUGAUGGAAUGAAAAUGUACAUCUCUGACGUCAUUGUGCAGCUUUCAAAGAACGAAGAAUCUUUCAGAUCGGAAAGGUUUUAUAUCAACAAGUUAAAUCUCAUCUUGGUUCAGAUCUUGAAACAUGAAUGGCCGGCGAACUGGAGAAGCUUUAUACCUGAUCUAGUUAAUGCUGCUAAAACCAGCGAAUCUAUCUGUGAGAAUGGCAUGGCUAUUUUGAAACUCCUAAGUGAAGAGAUCUUUAAUUUCUCAAAAGGAGAGAUGAUUCAGAGAAAGAUAAACGAUCUGAAAGAGUCUCUAAACAGCGAGUUUAAAUUCAUUCACGAGUUAUGUCUAUAUGUUCUCUCAGCUUCCAAAAGACCAGCACUUAUACGUGCAACGCUAUCUGCAUUGCAUGCCUAUCUUUCUUGGAUUCCGCUUCCGUAUAUUUUCCAGUCACCUUUGCUGGAAACCCUCCUUACGUUCUUCUCUGUGCCGGCAUACAGGAAUCUCACUCUUCAAUGUCUGUCAAAGGUUGCAGCACUUAAAUAUGAAAAGCACUACAGAAACCAAGUUGUCCAAAUGUACAUGAUUUUCAUGAAACAUUUGGAGGGAAUGCUUCCUUUUAAUAUUAAUAUCCCAGAGGCAUAUUCAGCUGGAAGUAAUGAAGAACAGGCUUUUAUCCAGAACUUGGCACUCUUUUUCACUUCGUUUUUCAAGGUAAUUUUCUUUCUUUUUGAAGCCAAAAGGGGGAGGGUUUUGCAUUUGAUUUUUGUAGCCUUUUUUUUCUUUUGCUUUUUAUGCAUUUCAAACAUAAUACGGUGUUUAAUGUUCUUCUUGUUGCAGCUACAUAUAAAUAUCCUAGAAACUACAUCCGAAACUAUUCCCUUCCUACUUGCUGGUCUGGAAUAUCUCAUUAAAAUAUCAUAUGUUGAUGACACUGAAGUGUUCAAGGUUUGUUGUGACUACUGGCAUUUACUAGUUUCGGAGUUGUUUACAUCAGGUCAACGAGUAAGUCACCCCUGCACUAACUCCAAGCCUCUUAGGAUUCCAAAUAUGGUUUUUCAUCCUCCUACGGUUGGGAGCAUCGAACCUGAAAUCACAACACCAAAAAUACUUUACUCUGAUCAACUAUCAAAAUUAAGGGGGCUCAUGAUUAAUAGCAUGGCUAAGCCUGAAGAAGUGCUAAUUGUUGAAGAUGAAAAUGGGAACAUUGUCCGCGAAACUAUGAAGGAUUGUGAUGUUUUUCUCCAGUAUAAGAUAAUGCGGGAGACAUUGAUCUUCCUCACACACUUCGAUAAUGAUGACACUGAAAGACAGAUGUUGAGUAAGCUAAGCAAACAGAUAAACAAAAAAGAAUGGACACGGAAUGAUCUGAACACUUUGUGCUGGGCUAUUGGGUCUAUUUCUGGUUCCAUGGAUGUAGCAAAUGAAGACAGAUUUCUAGUGAAGGUUAUUCGUGCUUUAUUAAGUUUCAGUGGAAUCAUGAAGGGAAAUGACGAUAAAGAUGUUAUCGCGAGCAACAUCAUGUAUGUUUUUGGACAGUAUCCAAGAUUCUUAAAGGGCAAUUGGCAGUAUAUGAUGGUGGUUGUUAAGAAGUUGUUUGACUUCAUGCAUUCGACUCAACCGGGUGUUAAGGACAUGGCUUGUGAUACAUUCUUAAAGAUUGCUCAGCAAUGCAAACGCAUAUUCCUUGUUGUUCAGGUUGGAAAAGAGGAGCCAUUUGUAUCUGAAGUUCUAGCAAGCCUUAGUACAACUACUAAACAUCUUGGGCCUCAUCAGAUUCAAACUUUUUAUGAAUCUGUUGCUUGUAUAAUCGAGGCUGAAUCAGAUCCUCAGAAGAGACGUGAAUACAUCAAGUGGUUGAUGGCUCUCCCUAAUCAGAGAUGGGCAGAGAUUAUAGGAGAAGCACGUCAGAAUGUUGAUUUCCUCAAAGACCCUGAUGUGAUACAUAAUGUGCUUACUAUCCUCCAAACAAAUACAAGAGUUGCAGCUUCACUGGGAAAAUACUUCUUAUUUCAAAUUUCAUCGAUCUUCUUGGCUAUUCUGAAUAUUUACAAGAUGUACAGUGAACUCGUGUCAAGCAGCAUUGGUGAUAGUGGCCCGUGUGCUUCGAGGAUAUCUUUGAUUAAGCUUCUAAGGUCUGUUAAGAGAGAAAUCCUGAACCUGAUAAAAACGUUUCUAGACAAAGAUGAAAAAAACCCACACAUUGGCAAACAUUUUGUUCCACCAAUUAUGAAUGAAAUACUUGCUGACUAUGCAAGAAAUGUUCCUGAUGCAAGGGAAUCAGAAGUUUUAUCACUCUUUGCGACAAUAAUAAACCAGUACAAGGUUGCAAUGCAAGAUGAUGUGCCUCGCAUCUUUGAAUCUGUUUUCCAUUGCACUUUGGAGAUGAUCACUAAGAAUUUUGAAGAUUAUCCAGAACACCGGCUCAAGUUUUUCUUGUUACUUCGUGCCAUUGCUACAUUUUGUUUCCGUGCUUUGCUACAGUUGUCAAGUGAGCAACUGAAGCUAGUCAUGGAUUCGGUUAUCUGGGCGUUUAGGCAUACCGAAAGAAACAUCGCUGAAACAGGACUUAAACUCUUACUUGUGUUGCUGAAAAAGUUUCAGAAAUCUGCUUUCUCUAACCAAUUCUACCGGACAUACUUAAUGCAAAUUGAGCAAGAAAUUAUUGCCGUGUUGACCGAUACCUUUCACAAGCCAGAGUUCCAUUGGCAUGUGUUCGUGCUACAGCGCCUAUUUCAACUGGUGGAGAGCGGUGCUUUGACCGAACCUUUGUGGGAUGCUUCAACGGUGCCUCAACAGUAUCCAGAUAACGCCGCCUUUGUUUGUGAUCACACCACCAAGCUUCUAAGCUCGUCAUUCCCCAACAUAAGUGUACCAGAGGUGACAGAAUUUGUGAAAGGACUUUAUGAGUUGAGAGAUCACCCUGUUCCAUUUAAGAAUAACGUACGAGACUUCCUUAUACGGUCCAAAGAAUUUUCUGCUCAGGAUAACAAAGAUUUAGAUGCUGGACCUAUUGCUCCCGACGAGAAUCCAGAUGAGAUGAGUGAUUCAUAAAAAUAUUUAUUUUCAUAGCAAAGUCUUCAAACAAUGUCUUUUUAUAUUAUCUUGGAUGAUUUGGUUUUCUAGUAUAAUUGAAACCUUUGGAGGAUUUUAUGCCAUAAUCAAAU